CUGUAGCUACACAGGAUGACGUCAUCUCUGUUUGAGCAUAAAAACAACCAAGUGGGCGUCGAGUUUUGUGGCUUCUUUGCUUUUGUCCGUAAAGUUUUGAAAAUGGUGCAACAACUCUCCAAAUCUGGAGCGAAGGAGACUCCUAUGCUGAAAGCUGGCCACCCUCCAGCAGUGAAGGCUGGUGGUAAACGGGUAGCCAAGAAAAGCUUGGAAGAGAGUGGCACCCAUGGGACUCCAGAGAAGGAGACUAAGAAGCCUGAUAAAUUGAGCAGGUCCCUCGCCACCUCCAACAGGAUGCAACAAGUUAGUAUCCUUCUGGCAGGAACUCUUGACAAGCUGAGUCAUGACUUCCCAGAGACACCAGUGAGUGUAAGGCACAGCAAGGUGCGUCCCGCAAUGGAGAAGACUCACUCACCACGGACCUUUUUCAUCCAGCAGCCGAGGAAGUUCUGAACGUGUUAACAAUGCUGCAGAGGGAACCAUGUUAAGUCAACUGUGAAAGACAAACAUGAAGUGUUAAGACACGAGGGGAUCUGUGGAGUUGGGGUUGGUUGGGUGGGGUGCUGUCAUCAAGCUCUGUAUUUACGUUUUUUUUUUUUAGAAGAAUUUACUUUUUCAGGCUAUGCUUGUUUGUGAGAAUGCUACAAACCCAGCAUUUAAUGUUAUGAGAGAAAUGCUGUAGUUGUAUUUACCAGCUGAUGAAAAACAGAUGGCACUUGGGUAUGUUUAACGUGAAGGUUUGGGUGUUGUGAGGUUUUUGAAACUGUUUGUUUUUUUUCUAGUGAAAUCUUCUCUGUAAUGCUUGGCACUUAUUAGAUUUAAUAAAAAAAAAAAAAAAAGAUUGCAUGGCA